AGUUGUUUGCUUUAUUAUUAUGAAUGCUCAUACUGGUGCAUGGUAUCUUAAGAAGGUAGUCAUACGAUAUAGUGAGACAGGAGGUUCAAGCUUGGGUGUAAGGUUCUUCUUUCGACAUCUGUUACAACUUGGAAGGAUAGGAAUCCACAAGUAGAAGUAGUAACAACACAUAGUCAAUAUGAGCAUCCACAGCUUACUGGCGAAUGGGCUAGUGGUGAUACUUAUACUACUAAUAUGAGGAAGCUAAGACCCUGGCAAAUAGAGGAUUUAAUGAAUCUAUACCGUAAUAGUGAAGGACCUAAUCUAUUCUUACGACAUGGGGGUCCUAGGAUAUGGACCGAACGAAGGAGUAUACAAGGAUUAUGGCAACCAUCACCUGAGGGUGCGUUGGUUGCAUUAAAAUGGUUCCAUAAGCCUGAUAAACCACCAGUGUAUUUGAAAUACAGUCCGACCUCAAUCAAAUUAGCCCGUCAACAUAUAUCCUAUUCUAAAGGGAGGUGGGGUGAUAUAACUAAUGAUUAUGAUCAUACUACCAUCACUAAAGGUUUCUAUCGUCAAGAGCUUGAGGAUAUCUUUAAAUCACCAUUCAUAGUAUGAUUAUUAUUACAGAGAACUGUUGACAUGUUUC